AUGCAUUUUUUUUCGAUUGUUCUUCUUCUGAUCGCCACCUUCAAGCAAUCCGAUGAGCUGAAGAUCCUCGUCUACUCGCCGUCGUUCAGUGGAAGCCAUACGAAUUUUAUGGCGCGAUUGGCGGAUGUGCUGACCGAAGCCGGCCACAAUGUCACCUUUUUGGUGCCGGUUGGCGACGAGGCGCGAAAAACUCAACUCGGCGUCAAAUUGACGAACGACGUCGUGGUCGUCGAGAAAGACGCGCACAUGAUCAACGCGAAUCUCAUGGAAAUCGAUCAUGGAAUGAAGAACACGUGGCUUUUGAACUCAGAAAGUCCCGACGAACUUCUAUCAUUCACCAAAGUCUUUAAGAAUAUGUUUGUCGAGUUGUGCGCAAAUUUGCUUCGGAAUCGUCAAAUUCUCGAAGAAAUGAAAUCGCGAGAAUUCGAUGUUGGCAUUGUUGAGCCGAUUGCGAUUUGCGGACCAGCAUACAUGCAUGAAAUUGGAAUUCGAAAAACCAUUUUUGCUUCAUCGAUGGUAUUCUACGACCCGAUUGUGAUUGCUAGCGGUGAGCCGUUGGAGCCGAGUCAGAUUCCGUCUGUAAUGGGCAUGGGAAGCGAUAUAAUGACUAUUGCUGAAAGAUACAAAAAUUGGAGAAUGAUGACGAAAGGUGUUGAAUUUUUCCACGAUCAAUUCAACGGCGAAAUGAGAUAUUAUCGAGAGUAUCUCGGAGAAGACAUGCCUCAUUGGAAUGACUUGUUCGCGACAGCCUCGAUAAUGUUCACAAACGCGAAUCCGCAAUUGGAUUUCCCGCGUCCAAUGUUGUCCAAAACAAUUCCGAUCGGCGGGAUUACUGUGCAUUUGAAGAAGAUCCGAGAAUCCAAACUGGACGAUGAGUGGGACGAGGUUCUUAGUCGACGAUCGAAGACGGUUCUCGUCUCGUUCGGAUCCCUAUCAGCCUCGUCUGAUAUUCCCAUUAGUUGGAAGAAGAACAUGGUGAAAGUGUUCGCCUCAAUGAAGCACGUCACCUUCAUCUGGAAGUACGAAACCGACGAUCUGGAAUUCGCGAAAGAAGCUGACAAUAUUUAUUUCUCGAAAUGGGUCCCGCAGCCGGCCCUUCUUGCUGAUCAUCGAUUGUCGGCAUUUGUGACACACGGCGGUCUAGGAAGUACGAACGAAUUGGCGUAUUGUGGGAAGCCGGCCAUCCUGGUGCCGGUGUUUGUCGAUCAAUAUAGAAACGCGAAAAUGCUUGAAAGACAUGGUGGAUCAAUUUUAUUGAAAAAAGAAGAUUUAGAAGAUUCGAGCAUUCUUAAAGACGCAUUGAUCAAAAUUCUGUACGACGAGUCGUACACGAAACAUGCUCAUCAUUUAGCCGAGCAAUUGGAGCAUCAGCCUCUCAAACCCAAAGAGCUUGUCGUCAAAUACACCGAGUUCGUCGGAAAGUACGGACCAUUGGACAAAUUGGACCCGCAAUCGAGAAAGCUGAACUUCAUUCAAAAGCAUAUGCUUGAUGUUUAUUUUUUGAUUGGCCUAAUUUACACGACCAUAUUCGGAAUCUCAAUAUUUGUAUUGAGACGAUUGAUUCGUGUGGUUUGGAAGAAUAAAGCGUAA